AUCCUCUCCCCUCCUUCCCCUUCCCCUUCCUCUCCGGUAAAGAAUUGCCUUCAAUUCUUCUCGGUGCAACGAGUUCUAUACCACCAACUAGCGAGUCUACUCUGCCCUUUUUUUAAUAUAUAUUACUUCUGGUAUUAGUGUAUAAUAAUCUGAAUCUGAAUCACGACGAACAACACAUAGUGAGUGUGUUGGUGUGUGUGAGUUGAGAGAGGGAGAAGAGAAGAGAAGGAAAGAUCAGUCCUCUCUUCUUUCUUUCUCUUCUCCUUUCUCAGGGGACUAAUUCGUAGCAAAGCCUGAAUCACAUGGCUGACGAACCUUCCCUCACUCGAUGGACAUUUCAAGAUUUUAAGUUAUUUUAUGAUACGAAGUUUGGGAGGAAGAGAAUUCCGGAGACCAAAGAGGCGGAUGCGAAUGGACGAAUGGUAUCUGAUGGCGAUCCAUCAAAUGUGUCAUCUAAUGGGAAUGGACAUUUGAAGAGCAAAUUUGACUUAGCCAUUUACGAGGAGUAUCAGAAUCAGGAUCCAAGGAGGCCGACAUACAGCAAUGGAGUUCCUUCUGCCGUAACUGAUGCACCACAGAGAUCUUUGCUUCCUCCUUUUGAAACUGCUGAGAUGCGUAAUUUAGCAGAAAGUUUGAGUAGGGAUAUUAUCCGUGGCAGUCCAGAUGUUAAGUGGGAAACCAUUAAAGGAUUGGAAAAUGCAAAGCGCCUACUCAAAGAAGCAGUGGUCAUGCCAAUUAAGUAUCCCAAAUACUUUACUGGACUCUUAUCACCUUGGAAAGGGAUUCUUCUCUUUGGCCCUCCAGGAACUGGAAAGACUAUGCUUGCAAAAGCUGUUGCGACAGAGUGCAAAACCACAUUUUUCAAUAUUUCUGCAUCAUCGAUUGUCAGCAAAUGGCGUGGUGAUUCGGAGAAGUUGGUGAAGGUGUUGUUUGAGCUUGCUAGACAUCAUGCUCCUUCAACUAUAUUUCUUGAUGAAAUUGAUGCUAUCAUCAGCCAACGAGGUGAAGCACGCAGUGAGCAUGAAGCAAGCAGACGAUUGAAAACUGAGCUGCUGAUACAGAUGGAUGGUUUGACUUGGUCAGAAGAACUUGUGUUUGUUUUGGCGGCAACAAACCUUCCAUGGGAACUGGAUGCUGCGAUGCUCCGGCGUCUUGAAAAACGGAUCCUUGUUCCACUCCCAGAACCAGAUGCACGAAGAGCCAUGUUUGAGGAACUCUUGCCAUCGAGCUCUGGUGAAGAGAAACUUCCUUAUGAUAUAUUAGUCGAAAGAACAGAGGGUUAUUCUGGUUCUGAUAUUAGGUUAUUGUGCAAAGAGGCUGCCAUGCAGCCCCUAAGACAGUUAAUACUGUUUCUUGAAGACAAACAAGAAGUCAUGCCUGAGGAUGGUAUGCUAUAUUCACCAUUAUUUGCUGCAGUCUUUACUCUAGGAAUGCCAUGUGCAAAAGGAAAACUGAAAUUUAUAUACAUACAUAUAGACACACACACACUCACAUGUAUAUAUAUUUAUAUAACACAACACAUACGUAGCACACUGACACACAUAAUGUAUGUAUAUAUACAUGUUUAUGUAUAUGUAUGUGUUGUAUAUGCAUAUGUACAGGUUUGUCUCCCAUGGACAAUGAUUGUGUGGAUCAAGAAAUCUUUUAAUGAAUAUAUUGUGCUUUUACUUGCCUCUGCUCUGCUGUGUACCUUUCUGUUAAAGGACUGAAAAGGAUGUCCUCUUUUGAUUGGUGGAUUCUAUUUUGUGCAAGGAGCUUAAUGGGAAAAAAGGUUUUUGAAAUCAUCCGUUUGAACAAUUCAGUUUGGAUGACAAAAAGAUUUGAAUAAGCACUCUAGGUCUACCACCUAAAUUUAAUUAAAGGACAAUAAUGGAUCUGAAAUGAUGCCAAUUAAAUGAAGGAUAUUAAUGGUUUGAAAACCUUGAUAAUUGUUUAUUGGUAAAGAUUUGAAAUCCAUACAUGAUCUGGGUAUCUAUGCAAGUUCAUUGAAAUGAUUGGAGGGUUGUUGAAAUAUGAUGUGUUCAAUC